AUCCACACGUUCUGGGUGGACGCCAAGAACUACGUGGAGCACACGCGGAAAUGGUACGCGGAGACCAUCCCCUUCCCACUCAACUUCUUCCUGCCCAACUGCAUGCACAAGCGGCACCUGGAGCGGCUGCAGCUCCUCUGGGGCGACGGCUACAUGGAGGAUGAGGAGAAGCUGGAGAAGGAGUUGUACCGCGAUGCUCGCGAGUGCCUGACGCUCCUGUCCCAGCGCCUCGGCUCCCAGAAGUUCUUCUUUGGCGACUCGCCGGCCUCGCUGGACGCCCUCGUCUUCAGCCGCCUGGCGCCGCUGCUGAAGGCCAAGCUGCCCAACGGGAAGCUGCAGCAGCACCUCAAGUCCCUGCAGAACCUGUGCAACCACUGCGCCGCCAUCCUCAGCCUCUACUUCCCCUGGGACGGAGGGGUUGAGGCGGCUGCGUAG